AUGGUACGCCAACCCGCGACCCGCUCCAGCCGGAGUAGGGCAGCUGGUGGCCGUGGCCGAGGCCGAGGUCGUCAGUCGGGCCGUGGAAAAUCACGCGAAAUCGAUGACGAAAACGAAGUUUCAGAUGUUUACCAGGAAAUGCUAAAUGAGGCUGAAGCACGCGACCCUGAGCAGUUCAGAUCAGAUCACCAACCACUCAAGAGACGCAGAGCUGGGACCAAGGCUGCACCCGUUUCCAUUCCAUCAAAAUUACCAACCGAGAUUACGUCGAAGCAAUCAGAUAUCGCUCAGUCUCCUCGAAGGGAGCUGCAAACGGUCUACGACUCUACAACUGAAGACGAAUCGGACAUUGAAUGGGAGGAUGUAUCAGCACCCGGACCUUCUCUCGCCCCCGAUGCAGUACAAGACAGAGACGAGACUUUGCAAAUUUUAUUGGAUAAUGAGACCGAGGCUCCCAAAAAGCCAUCGACCAAAAGAAAGCCUCUCACAGCUGCUGACAGGGCACGGCGUUUUCAAUUCCACAAGUUUCAUUUGGUUGGCUUAUUGUUUCAUGUGGCAUGGCGCAAUGCAUGGUGCAAUGAUUCUUCGACGCAGCAAUUUCUGAAAAGCAAGAUUUCGGAGAGAGCCGCUGCCAUGUUACGCACCGGUGGGACUAAAGAUAAACCACCUCACGGAUAUUCAAAAAAAUUCAAGACUGGAGUCACUGAAGUGGCUUAUGACCUUGAAGAUGAAUUUCUUGUCUUGAAAAAGGGAUUAAGUCGGGCGCACUGGGAAGAAAACCGAUCACAUCUGAAAGCAAGAAUGGUAUUGGAGUCAAUGAUGUAUGACUACGAGUCAUCUUGGAAGAAAGAAGAUUUUCAGAAUGCUGCAAGAAAGCUUGAAGGCUCACAAGACUUUGGAACCCAAUUGUUUUGCUGUAUCCUCCGUGGCCUCGGUGUAGAGACAAGGCUAGUAUGCUCCCUGCAGCCGUUGCCAUUCUCAGGCACAUCUAAGAACACGAUGCCAUCGAAAGCGGCACAAACGCCCACUCGAGUUUCCGACGACGACACAUCUCCAAAUGAUCAGCAGCAAUCCGCAAACCCUUCUCAGCCCGCAAGAAUCCAACGAAUUGGGCGCCCCCAGUUCAAAAACGCACCAGCUAAAUCCGUCCCAGCCGAUCCCUCGCCAUCCCAAGAAAUUGUGAUACGCCCCAUACCCCCUUAUCCGGUGUAUUGGGUAGAGGUAUUCAAUGAAGGUACAAAAGAUUGGGAACCAGUCAAGCCAUUCGGGAAACCAGUCAAUCGAUACGUAGAAUGGGCCAAGUUUCCAGAGCCCAACUCGUUGGAGCCUCCAGCCAACAACCUACACAAUAGCAUGAACUAUGUUGUUGCUUUCGAAGCUGAUGGAUCCGCGAGAGACGUUACACGGCGAUACACAAAAUUUUUCAACGCCAAAACACGUAAACUCCGCGUUGAAUCUGUCCCAAAGGGAGAAGAAUGGUGGAAACGAGUGAUGGGAAGAUUCGAAAAAAAAGAGACUUUCCGAACGAGAUACUUUAAAGACCACCCUUUCUUUGCGCUCAAAAGACAUUUGCGUCGCAACGAGGUGAUUUAUCCGGAGCAUGUCACUGGCCGUGUUUCUACGGGCAAGGGUAAAACGUCGGAAGCUGUCUAUCGUCGAGCAAAUGUACACAUUGUGCGCAGCGCGGCUAAAUGGUAUCGACUGGGACGGGAACUCAAGGAGGGAGAGCAGCCGAUGAAACACGUCACUACUGCUCGUCCUAAAAAUGACUUUGCCAGUGACGAGGACGAGGAUGACCGAGGAAGUGCUCUUUAUGCAGAAUCCCAAACAAAGAUCUACGUGCCUCCACCAGUGGUGGAUGGUCGGGUUCCAAAAAAUAUUUUCAGGAACAUCGAUAUCUAUGUCCCUAGCAUGGUGCCGCAGGGAGGAGUUCACAUCAAAUCACCUGACGCAUCGAAGGCAGCACGAAUUCUGGGCGUUGACUUUUCAGAUGCCGUCACUGGGUUCAAUUUCAAAGGCCGACGUGGAACUGCUGUCAUCACCGGUAUUGUCAUUGCCGCGGAAUAUGAGGAAGCCCUGAAUGAAGUGAUGGAGAGCAUGAAUGAUGAAAGAGAGCAGGCUGCCGUUGAAGCAAAAACCGCUGAAACUCUCCGACUUUGGCGGCUGUUCCUGUUGAAACUACGAAUUGCGAGACGAGUCCAAGCUUACGCAUCAGAUGAUGAGCAACGUGAUGAAGAAGUUUCGUUUGCGGAGGACAUGAGUGACGGCUCAGCUGAGGGUGGCGGUGGGUUCUUUCCGGACACGGAUGAACCCAUGUGGAGUUAG